GUACCUCCACGGCCUUAGCAGUUACCUCGAGCUUCAGGGGGCGGGGCUUAUUGCUGCGCUUAACAGAAUCGAUUGGCCCACACGUCUGUCAGUCUGAAGCUUGCGGUCCCAAGGUUGGGGAAGGACGGAGGGAGGGUGGGAUAAGGAGGAAAGGGAGCGUGGAGGACGUGUGGUCGCUCUAAGAAGUGUUAAGAAUUUUGCAAUCGACCUCAGCAAUGAGGGGUGCGUAAAAGGAGGAGGAGCCAGGAGGCGUUGGAAACAGACCCAGAAGUUCCGGACACCCGUCCUCCGCUCAGCUUCGGUGGAUGGGAGGGGCCGAAAACGUGACGCCACGCCCCCUCCAAGGAGAGUUUGCAUAUUUAUGAGGAACUACCGAGACCUUUGGACGACCUGAAAGCCUAGAGGGGCCAGAACUCCUCGCUCCUAGCGCGUUUCCGUUUCCGCUGGGAAGUUGGCGGUUAGUGAGCAUUAUGGCAACCGUGACGGCCACAACCAAGGUCCCGGAGAUUCGCGAUGUGACAAGGAUCGAGCGCAUUGGCGCUCACUCCCACAUCCGGGGGCUGGGGCUGGACGAUGCCUUGGAGCCGCGGCAGGCCUCCCAGGGCAUGGUGGGACAGCUGGCGGCCCGACGGGCAGCCGGUGUGGUGCUGGAGAUGAUCCGCGAAGGGAAGAUCGCCGGGCGGGCAGUCCUCAUUGCCGGCCAGCCGGGCACUGGGAAGACGGCCAUUGCCAUGGGCAUGGCCCAGGCUCUGGGCCCUGACACUCCGUUCACGGCCAUUGCGGGCAGCGAGAUCUUCUCCUUGGAGAUGAGCAAGACUGAGGCCCUGACGCAGGCCUUCCGGCGAUCCAUUGGCGUCCGCAUCAAGGAGGAGACCGAGAUCAUCGAAGGGGAGGUGGUGGAGAUCCAGAUCGACCGGCCAGCCACGGGGACGGGCUCCAAGGUGGGCAAGUUGACCCUCAAGACCACGGAGAUGGAAACCAUCUAUGACCUGGGCACCAAGAUGAUCGAGUCCCUGACAAAGGACAAGGUCCAGGCUGGGGAUGUGAUCACCAUCGAUAAGGCCACAGGCAAGAUCUCGAAGCUGGGCCGCUCCUUCACACGCGCUCGAGACUAUGACGCCAUGGGCUCCCAGACCAAGUUCGUGCAGUGCCCAGACGGGGAGCUUCAGAAGCGCAAGGAGGUGGUGCACACUGUGUCCCUGCACGAGAUCGAUGUCAUCAACUCCCGCACCCAGGGCUUCCUGGCACUCUUCUCUGGUGACACAGGAGAGAUCAAGUCAGAAGUCCGCGAGCAGAUCAACGCCAAGGUGGCCGAGUGGCGCGAGGAGGGCAAGGCAGAGAUCAUCCCUGGGGUGCUGUUCAUCGAUGAGGUCCACAUGCUGGACAUCGAGAGCUUCUCCUUCCUCAACCGGGCGCUGGAGAGUGACAUGGCGCCUGUCCUCAUCAUGGCCACCAACCGCGGCAUCACCCGCAUCCGGGGCACCAGCUACCAGAGCCCACACGGCAUCCCCAUUGACCUGCUCGACCGGCUGCUCAUCAUCUCCACCUCUCCCUACAGCGAGAAGGACACGAAGCAGAUCCUCCGCAUCCGGUGUGAGGAAGAAGAUGUGGAGAUGAGCGAGGAUGCCUACACGGUGUUGACUCGUAUUGGUCUGGAGACCUCAUUGCGCUACGCCAUCCAGCUCAUCACAGCUGCCAGCCUGGUGUGCAGGAAACGCAAGGGCACAGAGGUGCAGGUGGAUGAUAUCAAGCGAGUCUACUCGCUCUUUCUGGAUGAGUCACGGUCCACACAGUACAUGAAGGAGUACCAGGAUGCCUUCCUCUUCAAUGAGCUCAAAGGCGAGACCAUGGACACCUCCUGAGCUGACGUCCCCCUCCCCAACCCAUUUUCUACCCAAGUUCUACACUGUGACUUUGUAUAAAAUGGUUCUGAAACUG